GGCGGACUCGGAGCUGGCGGGGCGCGAUGCCGUACGCGAACCAGCCCACCGUGCGCAUCACGGAGCUCACGGACGAGAAUGUCAAGUUCAUCAUCGAGAAUACGGACCUGGCGGUGGCCAAUUCCAUCCGGAGGGUCUUCAUCGCCGAGGUGCCCAUCAUAGCCAUCGACUGGGUUCAGAUUGAUGCCAAUUCCUCCGUCCUUCACGAUGAGUUCAUUGCUCACAGACUUGGAUUGAUUCCACUCACAAGUGAUGACAUUGUGGACAAGUUGCAGUACUCCCGGGACUGCACAUGCGAAGAGUUCUGUCCCGAGUGCUCAGUGGAAUUCACACUGGAUGUGCGCUGUAACGAAGACCAGACCCGCCACGUCACGUCCCGGGAUCUCAUUUCCAACAGCCCCCGAGUCAUCCCGGUGACAUCUCGGAACCGAGACAAUGACCCCAAUGACUAUGUGGAGCAGGAUGAUAUCCUCAUUGUCAAGUUGAGAAAGGGCCAGGAGCUGCGACUUCGUGCCUACGCCAAGAAGGGGUUCGGCAAGGAGCAUGCCAAGUGGAACCCUACAGCCGGGGUGGCCUUUGAGUAUGAUCCCGACAAUGCCCUGCGACACACCGUGUACCCCAAGCCCGAGGAGUGGCCAAAGAGCGAGUACUCAGAGCUGGACGAGGACGAGUCACAGGCUCCCUACGACCCAAAUGGCAAGCCAGAGCGGUUUUACUACAAUGUGGAGUCCUGCGGCUCUCUGCGCCCUGAGACUAUUGUCCUCUCGGCCCUGUCUGGGCUGAAGAAGAAGCUGAGUGAUUUACAGACGCAGCUGAGUCAUGAGAUUCAGAGCGAUGUCCUCACCAUAAACUAAGCUGCCCUCCACAUCCAGCAGAAAGGGACUUGAGACUUCCUGCCUCUAGGUCGGUCUUCAGGGCCAGCUAGAUAAUUUCAUGAGGAAGGAUCCGUCCUGCUCACUGAAGGCUGUGUCCCUUGCGGCCUGCU